AUGUCCGAAACUAAACUGCCUGCUCCAUCUACCAGUGCCUCAGAAACUCCUGCGGCGGAGCCACCAAAGCCUGCGUUUAGGUAUUUCCGUGCUCCCACUUCAGCUCAGCAGCCUCCUCAGCUUCCAGAUAACUACUUCGACACCACCGUCGCCGAUGUCGCUGCCCAGCAGGCCUCCCUGACCGCUAGGAGCAAUGCACUCCAGAAUGCCCCCCUGAAGACUGCUGCGAUACGCGAGGCAGAAGACAAGAAGCGGAAGGCACGUUGGCCACAGACAACGAUCAGAGUACGCUUCCCUGAUCGCACCGCGCUCGAGAAGGUUUUCUCGUCUUCGGAGAACAUCAAGUCCGUGUACGCGUUCGUGCGCAGUUGCUUGAGGGAGGAUGUCAAGCCGAUCAAGUUCGUACUAUACCAGUCUCCUCCUAAGCGCGAAUACAAGGUCUCAGACCCUGCUGUCCGCAAUCUAUCCCUCGUCGAGCUCAACUUCGCCCCAUCGUCCUUGCUCAUGCUCAGAUUCGAGGACGAUAAUUUAAACCACCCGGACGUUCCCGCACCUCUCGACCCUUCGGUCCUCGCAAUCAUUGAAGACUACCCAGUACCCAAGACCUUCGAUGACAUUACUAUCAAGGAUGACGACAAAGCUGGAAGCAGCAAACCUCAGAGUAGCUUCACGUUUGGGAAGAAGGAGGAAGAGGGGAAGAGCAAGUAUCCGAAGUGGAUGAAGCUUGGACCUAGUGAGUAG